CCACCCUCCCAGUCUUGGGGGACUGAGCGGGUCCCGGGGAUCCCCGGUCGAGGAGCGGCUGUAGUCCCCCCUCAGCGGCGCCCCCACUUUCCAACUCCACUCACGGCUCCCGGCUGCGCGCGCGAGAUGCAGCUGGCCCGGGACGCAGGCGCCGGAUGCUGGGCGCAAGGUGUCUGGAAUCCAGCGGGCUAGAAGGAAUUUUCCCAGAGAGCAGAGGCUGAAGCUGCAAGGACCAGCGCCAAGGGCUUCUCCUUCUGAUGAAGAGAGAAAGGAAGAAUGGAAUACAGUCACCAAACUUCCCUAGUCCCAUGUGGGCAAGAUAAAUACAUUUCCAAGAACGAACUUCUCCUCCAUCUGAAGACCUACAACCUAUACUAUGAAGGCCAGAACCUGCAACUCCGACAUCGAGAGGAAGAAGAAGAGCUCAUCGUGGAGGGGCUGCUGAACAUCUCGUGGGGGCUGCGCCGGCCCAUCCGUCUGCAGAUGCAGGAUGACCACGAACGCCUCCGCCCCCCGCCGUCCUCAUCCUCGUGGCACUCUGGCUGCAACCUGGGCACUCCGGGGACCAUCCUGAAGCCCCUCACCAUCCCCAGUGUUCAGGUCUCAGAAGUGGAUGGACCUCCCGAGAACAAGCAGGCGCCCAGCCCCACAGACUCUAGGGGCCUGAAACCCGUGCAGGAGGACACCCCCCAGCUGAUGCGCACUCGCAGUGAUGUUGGGGUACGUCGCCGUGGCAAUGUGAGGACAUCCAGUGACCAGAGGCGAAUCAGGCGCCAUCGUUUCUCCAUCAAUGGCCAUUUCUACAACCACAAGACGUCAGUGUUCACGCCAGCCUAUGGCUCUGUCACCAAUGUCCGCAUCAACAGCACCAUGACUACCCCACAAGUCCUGAAGCUGCUGCUCAACAAGUUCAAGAUUGAGAAUUCAGCAGAGGAGUUUGCUUUGUACGUGGUCCAUACCAGUGGGGAGAAACAGAAGUUGAAGACCACCGAUUACCCCCUGAUUGCCCGCAUUCUCCAGGGCCCAUGUGAGCAGGUCUCCAAAGUGUUCCUGAUGGAGAAGGACCAGGUCGAGGAAGUCACCUAUGAUGUAGCCCAGUACAUCAAGUUUGAGAUGCCCGUCCUUAAAAGCUUUAUUCAGAAGCUCCAGGAGGAGGAAGACCGGGAAGUAAAGAAGCUAAUGCGCAAGUACACAGUUCUUCGGCUAAUGAUUCGUCAAAGGCUGGAAGAGAUAGCUGACACCCCCGCUACUAUCUGAGCCACAUGAACAAGGGGAACCCAAGUACCCCAGGAUGCUCCCUAGUGCUUUCCCACUGCUUCCAAGACUCUCUGGAGGAUCCCUGGACAGUGCCUCUGAAGGAAGAUGGCCUUUCUACCACAGGCACGCUCCUGUCCUCCACCUUCUUUGGAAGGUUCACAGCUGUGGUCUCAUUAUGCAUUUUCAAAAUGACAGCGGUCUGUCCUACUAAACAUUUUGCUGGUGAUCUCUUAGCAAGCCUGGCUUACCAGCACUGUGGCGGUGUCGGGGAGAACGCUAGGGGGGCUGAGUCUCAACCCUACACCUCAGAGAACAUAAAAACGGCACAGGAUUGAGGUACAGGAAGCUGGAGCUGGGGGCAGGCAAGGUUUUCUUUAUUACAGAUGGGAAAGAGUAGUUUUCUUCAUGCAACUGACAAAUGAUUUAGACAAUUUCGCUUCCAGUUAUUUUUAUCUUGAAUGUUCAAUGCUUGCAUUGCUCUAGUGAUUCUCCUUUGGGAGCAGGGAGGAAGAAGUUCCACAAUACAAAUUACUAACCACUAACUUCUUUCAAUUUGGAAAGAUGUUUAAGCUUACUAGGAUUAGGGAAGUGCAGAUGAAUAUAUUAAGUUAUCUCCUACUUGCAAGAUAAAAAUUCAAAAGCUCAACUGCUGUUAGUGAGGACAGCUGAAGGAAGUGUGAAGCGGGCAGGUUGCUGGGAACGUGAACUAGAGCACAGUGUCCGGGACCUGGAAAGGCUUUCCAUGCUGGGGUCCGGCAACUCCAUCUCCAGGUGGCAGCAAAUGGUGAAGGGGUGAUUUAUGAACGUGAGGAUGAUAAGAUUUUAGAAAUGUAAUUGCUUCUAAGUAGGGAAACAAGUACUUUCAUUACAUAAGACUAUUAGAUGAGUAGCCAGAAUAAAUGAACUAGAUUUCCAUGGAGAAAAUUCAAAAGUACAAUGUUCAAUGAACAGAGAAGGUUGUAAAAGAAUAUAUAUGUGUGUGAAUACCACUUAUGUAACUUGUUUAAAUAAUUCAAGCAAUAGUAUGCAAUAUUAACUUUUAAAAUGGAUUAUAAUAAUGUCAGAUUUGCCUUCCAGGGACUAUUUGGCAAUGUUCAGAGACAAUUUUGGUCAGUAAUAUGAGGUAGUGGCAUGGGGACAUUGUUGCUAUUGACAUCUAAAGAAUAUUGAAUUAAAUGACCUAUCAGGCACAGAGCAGCCUUCUACAAUAAAGAGAGGUCUAGAUCAAGCAAGCACCUUUAGCUGCAGAGCCAUCUCUCCAUCUCCUAAAGAAAAGUGUAGAUCAUCCACUGAGAUAUAUAAUGUAUCAUCACCAUUCAGGGGCGUUAUUCACAACAUAUCAGCUGCAGGGGAAUGGGGUGAGAGGAGUCUUUUUUAGUUGUAUUCUUUCAUUUCUUUUUAAAUACAUAUUUUUAAAUUUUUUGACCCUUUCAUACAUAUAUUUUAAUGCAUUUUGAUCAUAUUCACCUCCUUUAUCCUCUCCUAGUCUCCUUCUAUGUCUACCGAACUCCUUCUUUUUCCUAAGUCCCCCUCCCAUAUUAGUUCUUGUUUGUAGGAACCACUGAAUUUAAUUAGGGUUGCUUGCAUACACAUGGGUAGGGGGUACUUACUGGAGUAUGGUCAGUUUACCAGUGGCUAUACCACUGAAGAAAGUGGCUAUCCCUCCUCUGGCAACAAUUACCUGCCAGUAGCUCCUUAGGGAGAAGUGGCUCCUUGUGAGCCCAUCCACGUCCAUGAUGGGGUGUUGAUGGGGCAAGUCUUGUGCAGGUAAGCACCACACUGUGUGCUCAUGAGUACAGUGGCCACGUUGUGUCCAGAAGAUGUGGUUCCACAGCACUCCUCACCAUCCUCUGGAUUUUACAUUCUUUCUGCCCCUUGAGGUUUCCUGAGGCCUGGAGGGAGUGAUACAAAUGUUCUGUUUGGGUUGAACACUCAACAGUCACUUUGUCCAGUCAUGAGUCUCCACAAUAGCCACUGCAAAAAAGAAGCUUCUCCGACCAAAGCCACUGUUACUCUAUGGAUGACUCUUGUUGGAAAGCUAUUCCUGUCUUUUAAGAGUUUUCUAUAGUUUGUGCUCGCAUGGUGAUAGUGUUAAACACAGAACUAUUGCAGAAUAUCAGGUUAUCAUGUCAUGUCCCAGGAAGGCUGUACUAUGCGUAGAUGGAGUUCAGGGUGGCAUGGAGAAUGCACAGCUUAUCCCACACACUCUCACUAGUGCCAGCCACCCUGUGCCAUCGGCCCCACCCCUAGAGAUCAUUUCUCUCAUCCUAAUAAUGGGUCUUUGGAAACUUUGGCCAUGGCUGUAGCUCAGCGGCACCUGCCUAACAUGUAUGAGGACCUAAGUUCAAUUCCCAGUAACUUCCUCCCUUCCCCACAAAGAAAAAGAAAGAAAAAGAAAAAGGAAAGAAAAGGAACUUGGUUUGGGGAUAGAAUGCAUGCUUGGUAUAUAUAAAGUCCUCCAUCAACUAACAACAACAACAACCCCAAAAUGAAGUUUGGAGAAUGUAAACUAGCAGCUGAGACAGGCACAUGACCACCUCUUGAACCGUAAUUUGUCACUAGUGUCACACGGCCUUGCAGCUCUGAAUUGCUCAACUGAUUUGUGUGGAUUUAUGUAAUUGUGCACAAAAAACCUGAAAUCAUGUGAGGAAUAAAAGGCUAGUGCCUACAGGUUUUUAAAUCUGGCUUGUAAAAAGCAGUUUAGCUGUAUCUGCCUUGCUUUUUCCUUGCAAAGGUUUAUGUUAAAAAGUGAUCAGGUGAAGACCAAACUGGAGUCCAUCUGGCUGAGGUGGUGGAAUUAAGCACAAGGUCACAUUCUUGGUGAUCAUAUGAGUAGGAAGGAAGGCGACUUAAAGAGUGAGAGGUGUUACUUGGGAAGGAGCUAAGCCCUGGUGAUGGCCUGCCCUGGCCGUGAGUGUUGAUGAAGGGUGCACACACCCUGGUCGCUAAACUGGAUGGACUUCAGCUUCAAGCUGAGGUUGAGAUGACAGGGUCUGCCAACCCACCCCUGAGAAAAAAGAAACCAAGAUCAAGGUUUUAGUCCAAGACAGGAAGAAAUAUUUGCAUGCUUCUCUACUUACCAGAAGAAAAGUUUCUCCCAGCAACUACUGGAGAAAGGCGUUUUAUCAUCUUAUCUGUGGCAAUGGUCCUCUAAAUCUAUUCUCUGUGCAAAAGAAUGUUGACAGUAACUGUUGGAUGGUUCUCUGGUAUCAGGAGGGUAAAAGAAGAAUGAUAAAAAAAAAAAAAACAGGGCAAGAAGCACUCAAGAAAAGAAAGCAGCUUAAAAAAACAAUAAACCCACAUUUUAUUUCAAAGCUUUAUGACAUGGAGAACUUGGUGUCAGGCAUACAUUUUUAAGCAAAUUUAAGUGUCCUACAGUGACCACACCCAUGGCAAGGACAGAGCGGGAGCCAGGAGACUGCCCUAACACCACUCCUGCAGCAACACACACUAGUCCAUUUCUGCUCAGGCUGUUUGACAUUAAGUCUGGCUUGUGUCAGAUGAGAUGGAAGGUCCUGCAGAGGUGAAAAACAUGAAUGUGACACCCCUUACCAUGUCUUGGGACAUUAAAGCGCCUGCCCCUCACAGUGUUUAAAGUGAACACAACGAUGCACGUGCUGUGAUGGGAAAGCCUCCAUCACCCCUCCUCACAGACGUGCAUCCAGGCUGAUGGUUUCUGGGGUGUGGUUAGCACUUCUUGAGUGUUUCCCCUUGUUUUCCUUUUGUGAGGGUGUCUUCUCUUUCACAGCUUGCCUUUCAGCAAUGGUACAUGACCUGGUUCUGUGGUUGUUUCCAAUUUCAGCAUCUUAACAUAACUUGACAAGGCUUCAGUAGGAAGCCACAGUUUUGUAACCUUUGGAUAAUUUUUAAAGCACUGGCUUAGAUUUUAUUUAAAUAAAGCAUUUUUCAAAGAGAA